UCAUCUUUGAAAAAAGCAUGCCCAUCUCUUGUUGGCAUUAACUCAUCAAAUACAUCCUGCUAAGAUUAAGGACGGCCAUAAAGCAAAAGGUGCAGGAAUCUUUCAGUCUCUCAAAAAAAAUUUUUUUAAAAAAAAAAACAAGAAACAAUAUUUAUUGGUCUUAAAGAUGUUCUUGAACAUCAAGUUAAGCACCUUUGUUUUAUUUUUAUUUUCUUUUCUCUCCUCCUCUUUUUUCACUCUUUCCCAUUCAUUAUAUAUUCCCUCUCUAUAUUUUCUUUUUCCAUUUUCCUCUUCAAAUAAUGUAAAAUUGCACUCACCAUGGCCAAAAAUCAGAAACUAUUUGUUGAAGUUGUAGAUGCUCGCAAUCUUCUACCUAAAGACGGUCAUGGGACGUCUAGUCCUUUUGUUACUGUUGAUUUUUACGGGCAGCGAAAGCGGACGCAGACUGCAAUACGCGAUUUGAAUCCGACGUGGAAUGAAGUUCUUGAAUUUAAUGUUGGUAAGCCAUCUAAUGUGUUUGGUGACAUGCUUGAGCUUGAUAUUUGCCAUGAUAAAACGUAUGGCCCCACUAGAAGGAAUGUUCAUCUUGGAAGAAUCAGACUCAAUUCUACUCAGUUUGUUAGAAAAGGUGAAGAGGCUUUGAUAUAUUAUCCUUUGGAGAAGAAGUACUUGUUCAGUUGGAUUCAAGGCGAAAUUGGCUUGAAGAUUUAUUAUCAAGAUGAAGUUAUACCGCCACCUCCUCCUCCUCCACCACCACCGCCACCGGAAGCACCAGCGGAGGAAGCUAAACCUGAUUCAAAAGUUGAAGCAACAGCUGAGAAGCCACAAGAUCAACCACCGGCAGCCGGUGAAAAGCCUGAUGCAACAGCUGCAACCACCGCAGAGCCGGAUAAAGAACCACCUGCAGAGGGCGCUAAGCCUAGUGAAGAGCCACCAGCUGAAGCGGCACCACCACCUGCAGAUAAUGCACCAGCUCCAAUUCAAGUUGAAAAACCACCAGAAUCUGAGACACAGCCACCACCACCAGCAGCAGAAACGACUGAAAGUCAAGGCGAUCCACCUGCAGCAGCUAACGAGGCUGCGCAAUGUGAUGGUGAUAUUGUUUUGGAACCCGCAGCCAAUGAAUUGGGUCCAACGUCACCGGAAAUAAUGGCCGCGUCAGUAUCUGGAUCUGUACCUGAAGUUCGAGUAGCUAGUAUCAAUGAUCCACAUCAUAUUCCAAGGCCAGUAGCCUCCACCACGAACUACGCAUUGGAACCACAAGAAAGUAUCUCAAUCGAACGAUCAUCAUUUGAUCUCGUUGAAAAGAUGCACUACUUAUUUGUACGUGUAGUGAAAGCACAAGGUCUUCCAUCGAAAGGCAAUCCCAUUGUAAGAAUUGUAACCUCAGGCAGUCGAAUACAGUCCAGACCUGCACGAAAGACUGCUUUUUUCGAGUGGGAUCAGACAUUCGCAUUCGGCCGCGACGCACCAGAGUCCUCCUCCAUCCUUGAAGUCUCAGUGUGGGACCCGCCUGGUGGGGACCCCAAAUCCGAUUUGGCUGGUGCGAAAUUCCUUGGUGGAAUUUGCUUUGACGUAACAGAAAUUCCUUUGCGGGAUCCACCGGACAGUCCCUUGGCCCCACAAUGGUACAGGUUGGAAGGUGGGAUCCACAUAGGUGACGUGUUGCUUGGUAACAUAAUGCUUGCCACGUGGGUAGGGACACAAGCUGACGAGGCAUUUCCUGAUGCUUGGAAGACAGACGCAGCCGGUAACGUUAACUCGAGAGCCAAAGUUUAUCUCUCUCCAAAAUUAUGGUAUUUGAGAGCCACUGUAGUUGAAGCCCAAGACAUUUUUCCAGUAACCCAUUUAAAAGAGGCCUCGUUUCAGCUCAAAGCCCAAUUAGGGUUUCAAGUCCAAAAAACUAAAACCGUCGUCACUCGCAACGGCAACCCAUCUUGGAAUGAAGACUUGCUCUUCGUGGCUGCCGAACCUUUUAGCGACGACUUGCAUUUCACCAUAGAAAACCGGCAAUCUAAAGGACCUGUCACCGUCGGGAUUGCUAGAAUUCCUCUAACGGCCAUCGAGAGGCGUGUUGAUGACAGGAAGGUAGCGUCCCGGUGGUUCAGUUUUGAAGAUCCAAACAGUGAAAAGGUAGCUUAUAAAGGUAGAGUCCAGUUGAAGUUAUGUUUCGAUGGUGGAUAUCACGUGAUGGACGAGGCGGCUCACGUGUGCAGCGAUUACCUGCCCACGGCAAGGCAGCUCUGGAAACCUCCGGUUGGCACUGUUGAAUUAGGUAUCAUUGGGUGCAAGAACUUGUUGCCUAUGAAAACCAAAGACGGUAAAGGUUGUACAGAUGCUUAUAGUGUAGCCAAGUACGGUCCAAAAUGGGUACGUACAAGGACCGUAUGCGAUAGUUUGGAUCCUAAAUGGAAUGAGCAAUACACUUGGAAAGUAUUUGACCCUUCAACGGUGUUGUCCAUUGGAGUCUUUGAUAGCAGGGAAGUAUUCGAACGCGACGGCGAUAAAACAGCCUCGCCUCCUGAUUACCGUAUUGGUAAAAUACGGAUACGUAUAUCUACGUUGGAGACGGGUAAGGUGUACAGAAACUCAUAUCCGUUGAUUUUGUUGACAAACAACGGAGUGAAGAAAAUGGGAGAAAUCGAAGUGGCAGUAAGGUUUAUACGUACAACACCGACGUUGGAUUUCUUACACGUGUACUCCCAGCCUUUGUUGCCGUUGAUGCAUCAUAUAAAGCCACUAGGAGUGGUUCAGCAAGAUAUGCUGAGGAGUGCAGCUGUCAGGAUUAUAGCAACCCACUUGUCAAGAUCAGAGCCGCCCCUUCGACGUGAGAUCGUGCUUUACAUGCUUGAUGCAGACUCGCACGCUUUUAGCAUGCGAAAAGUGCGUGCCAACUGGUUUAGGAUCAUCAACGUGAUCGCAGGGGUUUUAGAUAUUGUACGGUGGAUAGACGAUACACGUGUAUGGAGGAAUCCAACAGCUACUCUACUCGUGCAUGCAUUGCUAGUGAUGCUUGUGUGGUUCCCUGAUUUGAUUGUCCCCACAUUGGCAUUUUACGUGUUUGUGAUUGGUGCUUGGAAUUACAGGUUUAGAACACGGGACCCUCUGCCGGACUUUGAUCCUAAGAUCUCAUUGGCUGAUACCGUUGAUAGAGAGGAACUUGAUGAGGAGUUUGAUACAUUGCCAAGUACGAGAUCACCGGAUACAAUACGAGCGAGGUACGAUAAGUUACGUACACUCGGGAUACGUGUACAAAAAGUAUUAGGGGAUUUCGCGACACAAGGAGAAAGAGUGCAAGCAUUAGUGACGUGGAGAGAUCCAAGAGCGACAGGUAUUUUUGUAGGGCUGUGUUUUGUGGUAGCAGUGAUAUUAUACUUGGUACCAUCCAAAAUGGUGGCCAUGGCAUUUGGAUUCUACUAUUUCCGGCAUCCGAUAUUCCGUGAUCGAAUGCCGUCGCCGGCGUUAAACUUCUUCAGGAGGCUUCCGUCGUUGUCUGAUCGAAUAAUGUAGGGUUGGUAUUAGGAUAAAAGCACUGGAUUAGAUCCUUGUUAGCUGGCCAGCCCUCUGCCUUCAAUGAAUGUAGACUGGAUGAUUUAGCUUUAUUGCACUAUAUAGCUGUGUUUCAGAAACCCAUCUUAAAAAUAUAGAUAUUAAAAGAAUAAUAUGGAGUUGCUAAAAGGCUAUAUAUACAUAUUUGCAUUCA